ACAAAAUUGGUCACGAAAUAGCAGCCAUCCAUCCCCCUUUCUUUCUCUCACUUGAUGCGAUUCGAUUCCACAGCUAAUCAGACUUUUACAGACACCACCCAGGAAAACAACUUUCCCCUUUAUCCUCCAUCCAUCCUCAAAUCAACCCAAUAAUUCAUUCAUCUCUACCACCGCCUUCCUUCUUCAGUUCUUCUUCUUCAUCUUCUUUCUGCUCCUUCACAUGGAUGAGUGAGUGGAUGGCUAAAGGUAAUGGCGAGGUGAUCAGCAGCACAACAUAGAGGCAGACGAAGAAAAAAUCUGGCUUGGUUUGCCUUUGCUACUAGCUAGCUCCAUCAUAAACGAAAAUGGAGCCCUCCACCUCCAAGUCACUCCGCUUCCUAGUCCAUCAGUCUUUCUUCUCCGCAGUGCGGUCAAACGACCUCCACGCUCUCCAACAGAUUGUCGACAAGCUUCAAAAGGAUCAUCCCUCCUCCGAUGCCUCCUUCACUGAUCUCAUGUCCCUGCAGAACGAUGCCGGAGACACGGCCCUGCACAUAGCCGCCGCUAACGAUUUCCAGGACCUUUUCUCCCAUCUCCUCAAAUUCUGCCACGAUGAUGGAGCUCCUCUCAAGAUCAGGUCCAAGUCUGGCAUGGAUGUCUUCCAUCUCGCUGCUAAGAAGGGCCACUUAGGUAUUGUGCAGCAAGUUUUGGGGAUAUGGCCGGAGCUCUGCAGGUUAUGUGAUUCAUCCAACACUAGCCCACUCUACUCUGCUGCUGUUCAAGACCACUUGGAUGUGGUGACUGCCAUCUUGGAUGCGGAUGGCAGCAGCAUCAGGAUGGUGAGGAAGAAUGGCAAGACCGCUCUGCACAAUGCUGCUCGCUACGGCCUCCUCGACAUGGCCCAACUGCUCAUGGAGAGGGAUCCGGGAAUCGUCUCCAUCAAAGACAAGAAAGGACAGACUGCCCUCCACAUGGCCGUCAAAGGCCAGUCUUCUUCCGUGGUCGAGGAGAUUCUGCGCACUGAUAUCUCGGUGCUCAAUGAGCGUGACAAGAAGGGUAACACUGCCAUUCACAUAGCUACCAGGAAAUCUCGCCCACAGAUAGUGAGCCUUCUAGUAAGCUACACUUCAAUGGAAGUCAACUGCAUCAACAAUCAGCGGGAGACCGCAAUGGAUUUAGCAGACAAACUCCAAUACGGGGAAGCAGCACUUGAAAUCAAAGAAGCUCUCACAGAAGCAGGAGCCAAACAUGCACGAUUCGUGGGGAAAGCAGAUGAAGCAAUGGAACUCAAGAGAACAGUGAGCGACAUCAAGCACGAAGUCCACUCACAACUCAUCCAGAACGAGAAAACCAACAGACGGGUUUCGGGCAUCGCCAAAGAGCUGAAGAAGCUCCACAGAGAAGCCGUCCAGAACACGACCAACUCAGUGACCGUGGUGGCAGUGCUUUUCGCUUCCAUUGCCUUCCUGGCCAUCUUCAACUUGCCCGGCCAGUACAUUGCAGAAGGGCCUGAUGCGGGCAAGGCAAACGUGGCCGACAACAUUGGUUUCAGAGUGUUCUGCCUUCUCAAUGCGACUUCUCUCUUCAUAUCUCUGGCGGUCGUCGUGGUUCAGAUCACGUUGGUCGCCUGGGACACGAGGGCCCAGAAACAGGUGGUGUCGGUGGUGAACAAGCUGAUGUGGGCGGCUUGUGCGUGCACUUGUGGGGCGUUUCUUGCCGUGGCGUUUGUGGUUGUGGGGAGAGGGAGCUCGUGGAUGGCCAUAGCUAUCACGUUAACGGGAGCCCCGAUUCUUAUUGGGACGCUGGCGUGUCUGUGUUACUUUGUUUUCAGGCAACAUUGUGGGUCGUUCAAGGACUCGCAGAGGCGGAUAAAGCGGGCCAGUGGAAGCAAGUCAUUCUCCUGGUCGGUCUACUCAGCGAAUAUGUCGGACGUUGAUGACUACGACUCUGAUAUGGAGAAGAUAUAUGCUCUGUGAAGGUGCCAAGGAGGCUAAUAGAGUUUGUGGAGGCAGUAGAAGAAGUAGGGAAGAAUGUGAAUAUGUACAUGAGCCUUUUGAUUUUUGGUCGUGUCGGGUAUUAUGGUGCUUUUUCUGUACAAGUGAGUGUUUAGUUUUGUUUCUUGUGGGUUCCAAACCAAAUAUGCAAAUAGAAAGAGCCUAAAAAUAAGCCAAGGGUAAAAAGUUUUAAGAUAGCCCUGCUUGCCAUGGAUUAGUCUGUUUGGUUUAGAGGUGUAAAUCUGACGAGUUCGAGUUGGAUUUAAUUGUGUUUCAGGUUAGCCAUGGGUUCAUCGAGUUAUGUAUCAAUCGGCUUGCGGAUUAAUAGGGUUACGAGUUAAUUGGGUUGUGGACCAAUCGAUUUGUAGGUCAAUCAAAGAGUUAAUUGGAUUGCGAGUCGAUCGGGUUAAUGGUUGCUUGGAUUAAUCCAUCAAUUUAGUAAAGUUAAUUUAAGAUAUACGAAACAAAUGUGCAAUUUA